UUACAAACCAUUUUUGCUGAGUGACCCAAAAACAUAAAUGAGAUGGGACAUUUUCAGUGCCCUUAUUCACUGCAUGUAUUCUCGUUUCUUUUCUCAUUUAAGGCUCGGCCAAGAGCUGCGAAAGGGACAAUGCUUUGCAGCGAGGCCAUGCUGUUUUUAUUUUUUAUCACUUGACAAAUAAAUACGAAGUGCAGAAGCGGCCGGCCAAGCGAAUGGUUAUUUUAACAAAACAUUUCACUAAAUGUUCUGGCGAUUUACCUGGUUAUCUCUGUGUCGUCUGCCGGCUUUUCACAAGUUAACCUUCAUUCACACAGACAGAGCCGAGGCUAAGAAGAUCAGCGCUGAGCCGACGCGAAUCCCCGUCUAACACCCGGCUGAGAAAAUGCUGCAGGAGUUUAAGUGAAUGGUGCGCAAGUUAUGCGCUUUUAAUCAAAUUAGCUACAUUGCAGACAAUAAGCACUCGAAGCGGGUGGACAACUGUACUAAGUUGGCAGUGGGCUGGUGGCUCCCCCCGCCCCGGGGUCUUAGUGAGAGGGAGGGAAAGUGUCUGCUGUCUGGACCCUGGGCUGUAAAGGCUAUUUUGAAAAGUUGCCCCUUCUCUUCCUCACUCUCUCUUGCACACACACACUCACACACAUACACACACAGCUGCUAGAAACCAUGACAGAAGAUGACGGAUACAGUUGUCGCAGAGGGACAAGUCAAGUUUAGAGAUGGAAAAAAGUGGAAGACUCGUUGGGUUGUUCUCCAGAAGCCCUCCCCGGUCGCAGAUUGCUUGACUUUACUUGUGUGCAAGGAGAAGAAGAAAGGGAAGAACAUCGGACACAAGGAGAGGCUGAAUGUAACACUGGAGGGGAUUUGUGGUGUGGAACCAGGAACCGGGUAUGACGGCGUGCCCUACACUCUGUCCAUCCUCUGCCUGGCAAGAACCCUCAUCCUGGGUUUUAAGAACAGAGACGCCCUGCUGACCUGGGAUGCUCGGAUCCGCUACAGCCUGGGGGAAGCGCACAGGUUCUUUGUCAGUGUGGAACCAGGCACCAAACUGGAAAGUGGGCCCGCCUCCCUUCAUCUGUGCAACAACCUGCUGGUCCUCAGCAAAGGCCUGCCGCCGGUGGUGAUUGGUCACUGGAAGCUGUCGGCGCUGCGUCGAUACGGUGCCGUGCCGCACGGCUUUGUGUUUGAGGGAGGGACUCGCUGUGGAUUCUGGGCCGGUGUUUUCUUCCUGUCUUGCUCAGAAGGAGAGCAGAUCAGUUUCUUAUUUGACUGCAUCGUCAGAGGAAUCUCCCCCAGCCGAGCCCUGCAUGGCGUGUCGACCAACCAGCCAGCAGGUCGGGAUGCGGACCCCGCCUCCGCAGAGAAACGGAUCAGCCAGGAGACCUGCGAGCUGGAGAAGAGACUCAGCAUGUUGUCUCAGUGCAGUCUGGCCAGCAGCUCAUCCUCCACUUACAGCUGCAGCACGUCUGUUGCCGGGGACGACCACAGCUUCUCCAGCUCCUCAUCCAGCCAGUCGGAUGCAAGUUACGGACACAGGUUUCCGUUCUGGGUGGAGCCCUCGGUCAGAUCCCACCUUUCCAACGAGAUGUCGUCGAGCUCCUCCGCGCUGAAGGCUUUGACCCGGUCAGACGACAGACUGUACGGCGCUGCCAGGGACGGCUCAGGGAGCCAUCAGUCUUCUGCGCAGCGCCAACCUCGGGGGCUUAAUGACUGCGACCGCCAGAGCUCCUUAGACAGUGGGAUUGGAAUAGCGACAGGCAGUCAGUCAUCGUAUUCUGGGAGCUAUUCUUCAUGCAACGGGAGUCUGGACAUGGCCAGCCAAGGAGGAGGAGCAGCAGGAGGAGGAGAAGACGAUGAGUCAGUGAUCAGCCCUCCUGCUCCUUUCAAUCCCCCUUCUUCACCUCCUCCAAUGCCUCCUUCAUCACCUUUUCAGCCCACGGUCGUUCCGGAGCGCACGUGCCCAUCCAGGUGCGCCUCCCAAGCAUCUCGCAGACACAGCACCGAGUACCAGAUCCCCAGCCUGCUCAGACAGUGGUAUGACACCCCCAGGAGUCUUCUUCAGGCCCUGACGCUGAGGGAACCGUCCGCACAGAAAGCCCCACUAGACCUGGGAGGCAAGGCCUGCGCCGGUCAGGAACAGAUGUUAAUGAGAGGUCCCAGUAAGCUGAGGGCUCAGUGUCAGUGGAUGAAGCAGCGCUCACACUCCUGGGGCAGUGAGAGGGCGCCACCUGUGGACAGUGAAGGAGGGUCCACGCCCGGGGCCCAGGCGGCCUCAAGCAGCUCGGUUCCGGCAGAAACGCAGGAACAUGGCUCCUUAUUAACAGAUCUUUCUUCUGUCUUUUCUACCAAGACACAAGGAGAGAAACUCGGAGACGGUGAGGGCGUUGAGGUCAAAGGUCUGGAUAGGAUGUCGUCUGGUUCACCACCUUCAGCUCCUCCUUCACUUCCUCCCCUAACGCUUAGUACGCUCAGAACGAUAUCAGCAUGUGCUGUGUUCCCGUCCGUCCAAGAAUCUCAUCCGUCUCCAUCCGCUGGCCUUCACAGAGACUACGGUGGGAACUACGUUAACAUCCCAUCUACUGCCCUUCAGGCCACGACCACAGAGCUGCUGUACUCGCAGCUGAACCUGCACAGCUCGGCUCACGAGUCCAGUCCAUUCAGAGCUGUGAGACAUGACCUCCUGCAGCUCUAUAGGCACAAAGAUGACUCCAUUAGGUACGCCCACCUCGACAUCGCUGCCAUGGAAACAGCUCAGAGAGUGGGGGCGGAGCAUGUUCAGGGCAGAGAGGACAGGCUGACUCAGCUGGAGAGCAGGUGGCGAGGGCCACCCAACUGACUCUGCGACGCCCAACUCCAAAAGCACUUCAGAGAGGUUUUCCACCGCAGCCCGCUCCCAGUCGGUCGGACCGAUCGCUGCUGCACUUACACACACCCACAGGUUCACCGGCGCAGUUGUUUCCACAAGCAAUUCAUUCCACUACAAGCAAGAAAAUGUGUGUGGGAGGUCUUUCUGCUGCUGUCGUCUUGUAAAGUGCAACUUGUUUUUAAAUUAGUGUUUGACAGAAAUUUGACUGCAUGGCACUUAACUUAAGGAAUUGAGUUUUGUUCAGUUUUUUUUUUUUUUUUUUUUUUACAAAAGGGGGGGAUUUUUUUAAAAAACUGACUUAAUUAGGAAGGAACGGCACCAAAGUCGUGGUUGAUUUAGACAAACAAAAGCAGGCUGCCAUGAUGUGUUGAGCUGAGAUGACAUUUAUAAACAGCCGCCGUCUGAGUUUGCAGCAGGAUGUGAUCUCACGAUGAGAUCAAGCCCUCCUCGUUGCGCUGAAACCAACAAUCGACUGUAAAGAGUCCCAACUCGCCGAGCUAUCAUUCCGCAUCAAAGUGGCGAAGCGUUCGAUUGAAAUAAGCGGCUUAAAGUUGGAUCCCCGGUGCAAAUGACAUUAAUCCGAGCCCAUGUGGCCCGAGCAGGACACGGCUGAGCAAUCAGCCGGUCGCUGACAUUAUUCAUCACAGCAAUCAAUGGUUCUGCUGCAGUGGCUCUCGGAGGGGAGCCGCUGCUGAAGGGGGGGUGGGGGGGGGAAGCGUAAUUUGGGUUUCAGCUGUUCCUGCUUUCUAACAUAAGAAGCGAUUCAAUAUUUGGCAAAUUCAAAUUACAGCUACACUUUUCUACCUAAUGUCUCUGUGGAAGAAAAAAACAAGAUGUGUCAUGAACAUAUAAUAAUGUUACUUCUGUAGGGCUUGUAAAUAUUAGCUGCUUCUUU